AACGAGGAGCCACCCGCAGUGUGUUCAGUGUGGUAGGCAUCACCCGGGCGAGUGUUGGCUCGCCCAAGGCUUAUGUUUGGGUUGUGGUCAGCCAGGGCAUUUCAGGAGGCAUUGCCCGACAAACCCUAGCAGCGAGCCUGCUUUACCUAGAGCUCCGGAUCAGCCUGCCGCAUCACAUCCAGCACGGAGUCAGCAGUCUAUGGCCGCAAAUAAUCAGCAGAGACCACGUCCGCAGCAGUCAGGCCGGGCACCAGCGCGUACCUACGCCAUGCAUGGGCGCACAGAUCCUAGUCCCAAUGUUAUCUUGGGUACGUUCAUACUAUUUGAUUCGGUUAUGCAUGCCUUGAUUGAUCCGUGUUCUACGCUCUCCUAUAUCUGUGUUGGCAUGCCUGCUAAUUCUGCGAUUGUGAGGAGUGACCUUGAGAUGCCUGCCAUUGUAUCGAAUCCGCUAGGACAUAGCAUGCGUCUUCAUCACAUUUAUCAUAGAUGUCCGUUGUCCGUGCAAAUGAAGCAAUUCCCUGCAGAUUUGAUAGAGCUACCACACAAGGAGUUUGACAUUAUCCUUGGUAUGGAUUGGCUCACCGAGCAUAGAGCAGUGGUCGACUGCAGUUGUCGGACCGUACGGCUGAGAGCCGAGGACGGUAGCGACGUAUCACUCUCCGGGGAAGUGUUCCCCAAGGCUCCCGAGUUCAUAUCAUCCUUAAGCGCGAGGCGCUUGAUUCGCAAGAAGUGCGAGAUGUUCCAGUGUCACGUUCAGGAUAUGCGAAAAGAAUCGCCACGUCAGCAGGACAUUCGUACGGUUUGCGACUUCCCCGAUGUCUUUCCUGAAGACCUACCUGGUUUACCUCCGCCGAGAGAGGUAGAGUUCUCGAUCAAUCUCAUUCCGGAUCCGACUCAUGUGUUGCCGACCAAUGCUGUAACCCUCGACGAGAGUUUGUCUUACGAAGAAGAACCAGUUAAGAUCUUGGCGCGCGAAACUAAAGUGUUAAGAAACAAGACGGUACCUUUGGUAAAGGUACUAUGGCCCUUCACGAAGGAGUACGUCCCCACCCGGUACCGCGAGGAGAGGCGCGAUGAGUUCGUUGCGCUUAAGCAGGAGGGGAUGUCACUGCCUGAACUGAGACAGAAGUUCGACUACCUGUCCCAGUAUGCGACGAGUCUGGUCUCCACUCCGGAGGAUCGUUUGAAUGAGUUCGUCAAGAAGCUACGGCCGGACUUGAGGCCGUACGCCGCACUGAUCACGACGACAGAUUUUAAUGCGGCGUAUGAUUUGUUUGUGAAGACGGAAAAGAGCUUGGACGAUUUGCAGGCAACCAAGAAGGAGGAUAGAGCGAUAAAAGACCCGCGACCCGCGGCCAGCACCGGGCCGAGCGGGAAGAGUUUUGGAUUCGGGGGAAAGAGGUACGAGAAGGGUUCUUUGAGUGCGCCGCCGCCUAAGAGGAGUAAGUCGAGGCCGUCUCCGUCGGCUGCCGCUAGCAACUCGAACAGAACGAGGAGCCACCCGCAGUGUGUUCAGUGUGUUCACUAAAAAAAACUAAAAUAAAUAAGUGUAUAUGUAUAUGUAUAUAUCUAUAACAUGAAUAUCAAUAAGGACAAAAGAUGAAGGGGAGUAAUUUCUAUAAAAUUAGAAUUUUUUGCUAUCGUGCUGAUAACGUGUUAAGAAUUAAGAUAAUAGAAAUAUUAUCAAGAACAAGAUUAUAGAGAUAUACCUUGAUAAGAACACAAAUGGAAGAUCAAAGUGCAAUGGAGAGUGAAAGAGAAAGAAUGCAAUGAGAAACUAAAGAUAUGGAUGUCUCAUUUCAACAUAUGGAGCCUCUAUAUAUAGGCUUACAAAGGGGAAAAUCAAAGGUCUAACUUAGACAUGGAGAACAUCAAAAGACAUUUGUACAUAACAAUUUACCACUUAUAGUCCAUUAUAGAUGUUAGUUUUAAUGAAUACGGAGUUCUCGAGUAGUUAUUGUUGUGAUAUUACUGCAUAAGUUUGUGAUAUAAAUUAUACUCCCUCCGUCCUCCAUUGAUUUUCUCAAAUAUCCUUUUUGUUUACCCGGGAAGGAUCUUCCCAUCACCUUUUUUGUAACUCAUGUGGAAAUCAUUAAUAUGUGCAUUGGUAUUUUAUCAUGAUUUUCAAGUGUAGGUUUUGAUGAAUGACAAUCAAUGAAGUCAAGAUGUUGUGGUUGACAAACAAUGAAAAAAACAUGUGGCGGUAACAAAGAAUGUGUACUUGAAGUGAAAAUUAUGCCAAAGAUAUGAAGAUAAUCAAAGAAGUGCUCAAGAGUUCAAGAUCAAUGACCCCAAGACAUAGGUCGUUGGGUAGAACUUGAAAAAGUGAAAGUUUCUAUUGUGAAGGAUAAUUGUAACCCUGUCCUGGAAGUGUACAUGACUCACCAAUGAUCCAAAAUCCAAAUGUCUCAAUCAUAGUUGGCAACAUUUGAAGCUAAAUACCAGAAGAAGUAUGAACCCCUUUACACGAAGGUGGUUCUGAAGUUCUGUUGGUAAAAGGACACUUGAAAUCACUAUUGACAUUUUGGCUACCUAUAAAAUCAAGGAAAAAAUAUAUUACCUUCAUGAUUUAUUACUUUCAAGUUAUUUGUGUAAAUAUAUAUCUUUAUUAUCUAGGCUAAUGUAUAUAGUCUUUCGGCUUUAUUGCAUCAAGGUGGUUAAGAUACCUUGGGAUAUUUUUGGGUUAGAUUUCUGGCACUGCAUGAGUUGAGGUGGUCUAUCUACGGCUUUAUUUUGAAGUGGGAUUGCUACUAGAGGACCCUAUGCCACAUUUUGAUACAAAACAGCAAUAGGAAAUUUCUAUGGAGGCAGAAGACUCAGAUGCUGCAUAUAUAAUUUCAAUUAGAACAUUUGAAAUAGGCUUCCCAUUUGUGUGACUCUAUUGCAUCUAAAAUGUGGAACAAAUAUUAAUAUGCCAA